GGUCUGGGAAUGGUUCUGUCAGGAAAUGAGCCAAACUCAAUUUGGGCCCUAAAAUUUAGCUCUGUUCAGCCCUGGAUCGGGCUGGGCGGGCCCUACUUCGAGCAAGGCCGUGCGGGUUCUGACUUCUGAGUCGACUUGAGCCAGGUUUGAAACUGAUACUCUUGUAGAAGUGAAGCCUCUCUCGAACCCUAAAUAGAACCAGUCAACCAGAUUCUUCCCUCUGCAGUGAGGAUUUCUUAUCUGGGGUUAAUGGACCAGGUAAUCAAUCUUGGUCCUGUAGUUUCUCAUUCAUUUGUUUCUCGUUUACCUUUGAGUUGAAAUGUGGCAAGUAUGGCAGUAUGAGAAAGUUGAGAAAAUUGGAGAAGGGACUUAUGGGGUGGUUUAUAAGGCUCGUGACCGUUUGACAAAUGAGACUAUAGCUCUUAAAAAGAUCCGUUUAGAACAGGAAGAUGAAGGAGUUCCAAGCACUGCAAUAAGAGAAAUCUCCCUCUUGAAAGAGAUGCAACAUGGAAACAUAGUCAGGUUGCAGGAUGUAGUGCACAGUGAGAAACGCUUAUAUCUUGUUUUUGAGUAUCUUGACUUGGACUUGAAGAAGCACAUGGAUUCUUGUCCAGAUCUUGCCAAGGAUCCACGUUUAAUAAAAAUGUUUCUGUAUCAGAUUCUUCGUGGAAUUGCUUAUUGUCAUUCCCAUAGAGUAUUACAUCGAGAUUUAAAACCUCAGAAUUUGCUUAUAGAUCGCCGUACCAAUGCUUUGAAGCUUGCAGACUUUGGAUUAGCCAGGGCAUUUGGUAUUCCUGUGAGGACAUUUACUCAUGAGGUUGUAACACUGUGGUAUAGGGCACCAGAGAUCCUCCUUGGGUCUCGCCAUUACUCUACUCCUGUUGAUGUGUGGUCAGUUGGUUGUAUAUUUGCUGAGAUGGUGAACCAGCGGCCAUUAUUCCCCGGAGACUCUGAGAUUGAUGAACUAUUCAAGAUUUUCAGAUUUUUGGGUACCCCAAAUGAAGAAACUUGGGCUGGGGUUACCUCGUUACCAGACUUCAAGUCUGCCUUUCCCAAGUGGCCUCCUAAGGAUAUUGCAACCUUGGUCCCAAAUCUUCAACCAGCUGGAGUUGACCUUCUUUCUAAAAUGCUCUGCUUGGACCCACGUAAAAGAAUUACUGCACGGAAUGCACUCGAGCAUGAGUACUUCAGGGAUCUUGGAUUUGUACCCUGACCCUUGAUCUCUCUAUAAAUUGUCCUUGUACUUCAGCGACUCUUGGGGUUUGAUUGUAUGUUAGAACUUGUGCUUCCUUCGAUGUAUCAUUUACCAGUUUCUGGUUCAUGUCACAUAAAACUAUUGCUUGGCCAUUCAUGGAUUUGUAGCCUCUAUUGCGGCUUUCAUGUCUUAAAGAAACAUUGUGUGGAUGGUGUUCACAUGAUAUAUGCUUGUA